AUGAGCUUGGUUCUCAAAGUGUUAGCCAAACCAAUUGGAUCAACUGUUUGUGGCAUUAAAACCACUAGCUCCCGUGGACACCUGAUUAACGGAUUUAUUUUUCUUUUAAUUUUCUUCCAGUCGGAGGUUUUUGCUGUUGCAUUUGCUCUGCUUGCGGCCGGUGCUGUCAUUCUGACAUUGAAUGUCUUGUUACUGGGUGGUCACAUAAUCUUCUUCCAAAGUCUCAGUCUGCUGGGUUACUGUCUAUUCCCACUUGAUGUUGGUGCCCUUAUUUGCAUGCUCAAGGACAAUGUGAUAUUGAAGGUGGUUGUGGUAUGUGUUGCACUUUCUUGGAGCUCUUGGGCUGCAUACCCUUUCAUGAGUACGGCUGUUAACCCUAGCAGAAAAGCUCUUGCCCUGUAUCCUGUAGUACUCAUGUAUGUAUCUGUUGGAUUUCUCAUUAUUGCCAUUGAUUGAUGUCAGUGAUGCCUGUCAUAUCAAAGAUGUUUGAAGCCCGUUAAAUGCAUCACAUUGAAGUAUGCAUAUAAUGUGGAUGACUUUUUACCAUAUAUAAUUUUGUUGAGCGUUUCGAUUCUACCACUGAUAUGUCACAUUUUGUACCGUGUUUUAAAGAUGUAUAUAUCUUGUUAUUUCUGGUGUUUAUCUUAUAAGCAUGAAGCACCGUCUUCACUGUAAAAGAUAUCUUCUGA